AUGCAGUCAUUGGGGUCUCUUACACAGUUUGCACACAAUAUUGAGACUGACCUGCGUCAUCUGGCGGAGAUAGUGCAUUGUCGUCAUCACGGCCAUGACCCGUAUCUAGGAGAUCGGGUUGAGGAGUGGAAAGCUUAUCUUCCUGUGGGAGAAAACAAAAUCAACCCUGAUAACUCAGUGGCGACGGAAAUUAAGAAGCUUUUUGCCGGAUUAACAAAUUGCUGCGCAGGGGUAAAUCGACACAACAAACCCUGCGGUAGAAAAAUCGGCGGCAGGAAGGUCCAAAACCGUGCGAAAACGAUCGAGGAGAUUGCUAAACCUGAGAUAUACCGGGACAGUUACGAGCUUGGAUUAUGGUUUAUGGUCCUGGAAAACUACAUGUACUGUAAUCUGCACCAGAGCCAGGGCCGUAAACAGUUGGAAGCCUGGAAGUUGGAGACUGAAAGAAUUCGGGGUGAAAAAGGGUCGAGGCAAUUAGUAACCAGCGAUAAAAGCGAGCAAGUCCAAGGCCCAGGCAAUGUCGACUUAGCGUCUACGACAGGAUCAUUUCAAGGCACCAUCGAUUCAAGCCCGUCCAAACACAGCACAGCAGUAUCGGGAAAUUCGAGGUAUCCGUCUCCCGCAGAGUUCUGGCCAGAGACAUAUGACACGACCCCCUUCAUUGUUCCGCCCAAAGCCAACCAUAUUAGGAAUCGGAGACAAUCAUGCUUUGGUGUCCAGAAACAAUUACAAGACCCUUUAAGAAAGGAACACCGGGAUGAAGGCUACCUAUACGCAUAUGAGGUUGAGGGGAACAAAGGGUUCGUUAAGAUUGGAUAUACCACUCGCACAGUUGAAGAGCGCCAUGAAGAAUGGUCAUUCGACUGUAACAGGCUUUGCAAACCCAUAUACCCUCCCGUCUUAAAUCAAAAUGCUGCCGUCCCAAAUGCAGCUCGUGUGGAGAAGCUAUGCCACGCAGAGUUAAAGCAUCGAAAUACUUGGAUCUACUGCACUGGCUGCCUUAUGCAGCACAAAGAGUGGUUUGAGGUUCCCUCUUCAGAGGCAAUCGCCGUCAUUGAAAAAUGGUCGAAAUGGAUGCGAUCCCACCCAUAUCAGCCAGACCCGAUUGGUGUCUCGAACCCAUGGACCCUUCGACCGGACGAAGUACAGAAGUCGAAAAACAUUGGCCAUUUCAUGAAACACCUCUAA